CGAAACUGAAACUGAGUUCGAUUCCAAGUUUGUUCAUUGUCAUGGUGUGUAAGGCAGUUUAACACCGGCCUAUUUGGUCUUCAAGGUCAUGUUCGAUCCAGGAUCUUACCGUCCUAACCAUGACCCACCAGCCGGGAUGGAGCCAUAUGAUCUUCCUAGAGAAGGAGAUUUAGGAGCCCUCAGUAAUGCUCAACAGGGAGCAACAAAUAAGCUCAAAGCCCAAACUCGGUUAAAUAAUGAGCAUUAUUUACGAAAACAUCCAGAAAUAAAAUACAUGAUAACUGCAUUUCUGAGAGAUAUUUUAACAAAACAGCCUGAAGAUGCUAGAGAACAUUUUGUUGUCCAAAUCUUGAGUCGAAUAUAGAAAAUAUCAAGAAAGAAUUCACAGAUCAGUAUCAUGACGACCAAGUUAUACGCUCUAUGGCCCAAGAAAAACAGCAACCAGAAAUAUAAUUUAUGUUUUAUUUAACUUUGGAGAAAAAACUGAGUGCAUGUAGUCUGUAAAUUGUUAAACAAAUCGAUGAGUUUUGCUUCAUUUACUUCUCCACUUCAGAUUUUUGUUCACAAACAUUUAUCUAUCUUUUCAGUCGCUUGUAAAGAUAAUUUGAAUCAUUCGAUCCUUAUUUCCUGUACAGUUUAUUUGGUAACAGUAGUGGCACUUCCAAGUUUAUGGCGUUAUUUGAAAGUAUUGAAGAGCACAUAAGUUUUCUGGUGGUUGGUCACUGUUGCGUCUUAAAUGUUGUUGAACUACAAUAAAACCGUCAGAUUAUGUUAAAGUUUGACUUGACUUUUAGUUUAAACAAGCCAAUUAAUGCAGAUGUGCUACUAUACCGUCUUUGGCAUUGUGAAAGGGUUUGAAGGUGUCUAGUUACUGAUUUUUGUGAUAUUAUAUUUUCCACAGUAUUAUUCUAUAGCCAGAAGUAACCUUUUAAUGAGACCUAAUUAUUCGACUUUACAGCGAAUAAAAUACAUCUAGAACACCUAAUUGAAAUUCAAUCGUCAAAAUCUAAUCAAUUCGUAACAUACUGUUGAUCAAUAAAAUCACCAUAUGGGUAAUUAUCUCACUCUUGACUCGCAAUUUGAACUCUACUAAUUAUGACUUACUAGAAUUCAUUGAAUUCAUCUAAAGGUUAGUUAUACUAGUAAGUACUUAGGUGUUGUUUCUGUCACGAUGUCAAAAAAUAUCGAUGGUAUUAUUUAUGUAUAUAUGUUUUAGAAAGUUCAUAUUAUACACAUUUACAUAAUGUUAACUGACUUCAUAAAUAUACCAAAACUCAAUGUCA